AUGAAUUUUAAAAUAAUUUCAUUAUUAUUAACCUGGAAUUUUUUGUUAAUAAAUGCAAAGAGAGAUUCUUUGGAGGAGGAUGACUCUCGUGCUAGAGAAUUAAGAAAUAAAGAAAAUAAUCGAAAUCGAACUACUUUUAAUGGAACCUUGACUGAUCUGCCAGAAAGAAGAUAUUUGAGACACAGAAAUAGCUCAAAAUUUCGUAGCGACAGGCGAAGAUUUUGGGAGAGAGAGCAUGAAAUUAGACGAGAAAGAAGAAGAGGGUCUGAUGGUUACUCAUCAGAAGAAUAUGUAUCCAAUCGUACCGAUCCCUAUGGCAAAAGAGAUGAAAAAACUCGUAAAGCGGAAAAACACUGGAUGAAGAAUAAUUCCGAUAAAUUAAUUGAUAGAAAGAAACAGAGUAACCAAAGUAAACCCGAUAGAUCAGUGCCAGUCAGAGAAAAUACAACCAGAUUCAAAUCAAAGUUGACGAACAAAUGGCAGAGCGGUGGAUUCAUUCCGUAUCCUCAGCCACGAGAAAAGAAACCCAAUAUAAUAUUGAUUUUAACUGAUGACCAAGACGUUGAACUUGGCAGUUUAAAUUUUAUGCCCAGAACUAUGAAGACUAUAAGAAGUGCUGGAGCAGAGUUUCGUCAUGCUUACACGACAACUCCUAUGUGUUGCCCUUCUAGGAGCUCUCUGUUAACUGGUGUCUACAUUCACAACCACAACGUGUACACCAACAAUGACAACUGCUCUUCACCGACGUGGCAGGCCAAACACGAGACAAACACAUUCGCUACGUACCUUUCAAAUGCUGGUUAUCGUACAGGAUAUUUCGGGAAGUAUUUGAACAAGUACAACGGGUCGUAUAUUCCACCUGGUUGGCGUGAAUGGGGAGGAUUGAUUAUGAACUCUAAAUAUUACAACUACAGUAUAAACAUGAAUGGCAAGAAGAUCAAGCACGGCGAUGACUACAAUAGGGAUUACUAUCCAGAUUUAAUAGCGAACGACUCUAUAGCGUUCCUUCGAGCCUCUAAAAGGAGGUUUGCAAGGAAACCUGUCCUACUAGUGAUGUCUUUUCCAGCACCACAUGGACCUGAAGACUCAGCUCCACAAUUCUCUCACCUUUUUUUCAAUGUAACCACCCACCACACUCCAACUUAUGACAUGGCACCGAAUCCUGACAAACAAUGGAUAUUACGCGUAACGGAAAAAAUGAAACCAAUUCACCGACAAUUUACAGAUUUGCUAAUGACCAAGAGAUUGCAGACACUACAGAGUGUAGAUAUGGCAGUUGAACGAGUGUACCAGGAACUCAAAGCUCUAGGGGAGUUAGAUAACACGUACCUAGUAUACACAUCAGAUCAUGGAUACCAUCUAGGUCAGUUCGGACUGGUUAAAGGCAAAAGCUUUCCUUUCGAGUUCGAUAUACGAGUACCGUUUCUUGUUCGCGGUCCUGGAGUUGAACCUGGCACUGUCGUAGAUGACAUAGUACUCAAUAUAGAUUUAGCGCCAACGUUUUUGGAUAUGGGAGGAGUGGAUCCUCCGGCACAUAUGGAUGGGAGGUCGUUGUUGCCUUUAUUGCAACCGAGGCGAAGGAGAGCAGCUACCGCUCAUUGGCCAGAUACUUUCCUUGUAGAAAGCUCAGGACGUCGAGAAACCCAAGCGCAUAUAGCACUGAAAUAUAGCCGGGAAAUGAACGAUAAAUCUACUACUGCACAGCCACAAGAAACUUCUUCGGAGAGUAGCGACUUUGAUGAUGAUUCUGACGAUGACUUUUUGGAGCUCGAUGAUGAUGAAGAUAACGAUAAUGAGAGUGUAGAAACUAAUGAGGGAACCAAUAAAUUGUCCGAGCCUCUUAUUUCCAAUGAGAGUCACAAUCCAAUAUUAGAAGCCAGUUUGGAAAAAGCUUUAGAUGCUGAAGAAUCUGGUACCAAUAAUUAUCUUAUGACAUCUGAAAUAGAUCCAACCAGUAUGAGUGGUAAAGCAGCGCGCUUAGCAGCUGAAUGUUCUAAAGCUGAACUUCGAGCACCGUGUUCUGUUGGACGGAAGUGGAAAUGUGUCCUUGUGAAUGGUAGAUGGAGAAAACAUAAAUGUAAAUAUGAGCCGGAUGCUAGUACCCAGCCAAAAAUGAGUACAAAGAAAUGUGCUUGUUUCACACCUAGCGGACUUGUUUAUACGAGGCUAGAAACAGAUGGUACAAUCGCUAGAAGACCUCUUGACAUUCAAAAGGAAAACGUCACAAGAAACAAAAGGUCAAUUAACAAUGAUGUUUUUGAACCUAAUACCGUAGAUACUAUUCUCGAAGAAAAUCCCAGUAUUGGGCACUUAAGUUUUAAAAACGAGCCCGUUGAUGAGUUAGAGAAGAGAAAUAUCGAGAACAAGAUCGACAAACUUAUAAAGGAAACCGAAGCAUUCCUUAAAGCCUAUGAACGUACCAAAGAAAGUAGAGAUCAUAAGAGAACUAAGAGGAGAGCUCAACAUUUUAAUCAUAAUAAACAUAAGCAUAGAAAUGAUCCAAUGUUAAACAAUAAUGAAUCAUCAUUAGAAUGUAAGAUAGAAAAAGAUGGACAAGUAAAUUGUUCACAAGUAAUUUAUAAUGAUUUGAAAGCGUGGCAUACGAAUAGAUUAAGCUUAGAAGACCAAAUAAGGGAGUUGAAAACGAAAUUAGAAGACUUAAAGGAAAUAAAGAGGCAUUUGAAAAUAAGUAAACCAGUGGUAGAAGUACAACCAAUAAGCCCAACAUAUACUAAUACUUUUAAUAAUAAGACUAUACAUCCUGAAACUAAUAGUAAAGAAAGCUUAAGGAAAACCCGAUUACACAGAGUAAAAACAAAACAUAGAAAUGGGACAUUUGAUAAGAAAUUCAGACAAUCCAACGAAUACAUUAUUCCAACAGCGAAUGCAAACGUAAAAGAUGACAUUUUUGAUGCACAGAUAAGAAAUGAAACGUCAACAGAAACAGUAAUGAAAUUCUUAAAUAUUUCCGAUAUAGCGAUCGCGACGAAUCAAACAUAUAUAUUGGAACUACCAAAGCCUCAAGAAACAACACCAUUAGAAAAUUUUAGCCAAAAUCCAACAGAAAAGCGAACAAGUACGACUAAUUUUGAAGGACCAAAAAGGCUAGACGCAUCAGAAUACGAGCAGAGAAACCCGAAUAAAGGGAACAAUAAUAAUGGAAUAUUCAGCAAUCCGCCAGAUGUAUUUCAAAGGAGACUCCAUCCUUUAUUUAUCGAGAAUGAAGAUAAGCACGUGUGUUAUUGUGAGGAAGACCGCAAAAUAAAACCAAUUACUAAUACUUAUUUGGAAGCCGCACAAAAAGCUAGAGAGGAACGAAGGAAAUUAAAGGAACAAAGGUUGAGAAAAAAGUUAAGGAAAGCAAAGAAGAAGGCUGAAUUAGAAAGAUUAUGUGAGUCAGAACGAAUGAACUGUUUUCGUCAUGAUAACGACCACUGGCACACCGCGCCGCUCUGGACCGCCGGGCCUUUCUGUUUCUGCAUGAGCUCCUCAAACAACACGUACAACUGCGUCAGGACUAUUAACGCCACUCACAAUCUACUUUACUGCGAAUUUGUUACUGGAUUGGUCACUUACUACAAUUUACGUAUUGAUCCAUUUGAAACACAGAACAGAGUUAAAUAUCUGACGACAUCUGAGAAAGAAUACUUUCAUAACCAAUUACAUCAGUUACUGAGUUGUCGAGGACCUUCGUGCAGACGAUUUUCACACUCAAAUUUAUCUCCAGGUAGUGAAGAAGACUUGAGCAGACGCUUUGAAGACGACCUUAUGAAUACAGGAAAACCAAUUGGUUACAGUGGAAGGCCAUGGCGAUGGAGCGGUUACGGGCGUAGAUACGCACGAGCGAGGGAAUUACACCGGCGCCGACAUGCGACGGCGUUC